AUGAGUGACUGUGAUUCCUGCAAGAUACUUAUUUGCGGAGAUGUGUGUGGAAAAUUCAAGGCUCUUUAUAAUCGCAUCCGAAAAGUUCUUUUAGCUGCUGGAUCUUUUGAGGCACUAUAUUGCAUCGGUGAUUUCUUCGGUGAAAACCCUGAUGAGUUUGAAAAGCUGGUUGAAGACCCUUCAUCAAUUCCCAUCAUGACUUAUGUUCUCUGCCCUCCGACGUCUUCUUCACUUCGUUAUAUUACUGACAUGAAUGGCUGUGAACUGUGUCCAUCUAUUAAAUAUCUCGGACGUCAAGGAACCUUUACAACAAUAACGGGACUUCGGAUUGUAUACGUCAGUGUUAGUCCAGACGUUGAGGCUGACUCAGAUACCUGGGUAACGGAGUUUCCAGUUCUUGAAUCAGAUCCUACUUUCAACGGAGUGGAUCUCCUUUUAACUUGUCAGUGGCCUAAAUUUAUUCUAUCCCCAAAUGAUCCGCUUGCGCAGAUGACCAAGAAUCAGGCCUCUCUCUGUGUUUCACACAUUGCUAAUUCUGUCAAGCCCCGUUAUCACUUUGCAGCUACGAGUGGUGUGUUUUAUGAGCGCAAGCCUUACAGAAAUCAUCGUGUUCUCCAGGAGAAAGAAAAACUUGUUACUCGUUUCAUUGCACUGGCUAAUGUUGGGAAUAAAGGAAAUGCAAAAUAUCUGUAUGCCCUAAAAGUCAAGCCAGUUGACAAAAUGACCCCUUCUGAGCUAGUGGCUCAACCUCCAGAUGUUACUGAAAACCCUUAUUUCGAUACAAUUAAAAAGGCACUGAAGGAAAGGCAAAAGGAAUCUGUAAGUAGUCUUAAUUUCAUUGAAUUAGAAGUUCAGACCGAUCAGUACUUCUAUUCCAUGCCCACGAAGCGACGAGCUGAAGGAGACAACGACAGACGUCCAGGUUGGAAAUUAAAGAAGUACGAUCGUUCUGACGUUCCUGAUGGGGAAUCUGCCCCGGCUAAAGUUCAUGAUGCUUGUUGGUUUUGUCUGGGUAAUCCCCAAGUAGCCAAGCAUCUUUUGGUUACUAUCGCAACACACGCAUAUGUGGCCUUGCCCAGGGGUCCCUUGGUGCGAGACCAUGUUCUCAUCUUAACUGUGGGUCAUCAUCAAAGUUGGUUGACCUGUUCCGAGCCAAUCCGUGCCGAUAUCAUCGCCUAUAAACGUGCUUUAAAGAAGAUGUAUGAAGAGGAGGGUAAAGUGAUGGUCACAUUCGAGCGCAACUACAAAACUCACCACUAUCAACUUCAGGUUGUUCCUGUACCUUUUGCAGUUGCAGGCGCUCUUAAGAAGGCCUUUCUUGAGAUGUCAGAAACGCUGCCUAACUCUCCUUGCAAACUAGAACCUCUUCCAAAGAAUUCCGAUAUUACCGAUUUUUGCAGACCAGGUGUUCCCUAUUUCUAUGUUGAACUACCAACUGGGGAAAAAUUGUUCGGUAAAAUGGAAAGAGAACGUGUUGCGUCCGCGGAUAUUAACUUUGGAAGAGCCGUUUUAGCGUCUGAAACGAUUUUGAAUUGUCCGGAUCGAGUGAGUUGGAGAGAUUGUACAGAAAGUGAAGAGGAUGAAACGAAGUUGGCGACUGAAAUUCGCGAAAAGUUUUCCCCCUUUGAUUUUUCUUAA